GAUAAACUGGGGGGGAGUAUAGUUGCUCUUUUGGGUUUGACUAUAGAGUGGUUUAUAAAGGACAGGAAAUCAUUGAAGAUAGCAGGGUAAUAAAGCGCCAGUACUUGUAUUUAUUCAGAAAGCGUAAUACAGCCACAUUCGGGCCACAGAUACUUAAUGUUUUGUACUACUCCCCCCCUCCUCCUCAGGUUGGGGCUGACCGCUGGCUCUCUUACUCCGGGGUUCCCGCCAGUUUUGUUUUAUCAGCCAUGUUUAUCCACGGUCUGUAGAUGCAGAAACAUUUUCAGAUCAAACAGCGACUUUGACUCUAUAUGGGAUCAUUAAGCUAAGCUAUGAUGGACACCAAGGAAGGAAGUCCACAUGUGUGGUCUACUUCUGUGGAGCACCAGCCAAAUACAGCUCAGGUACAUUUUGUUCCUGAUGCUGGAUCUGUGGCUCAGAUUGUUUACAGCGAGGAUCAAGAUCGUGCCCAGCAGCAGGUCGUCUAUGCAGCAGAUGCUUCAUCCUUUACGUCUGUGGAUACAUCCGAACAUACCUUGGUGUAUAUCCACCCAGUAGAUGGGUCACAGACUCUCUUUACAGACCAGCCUCAGGUUGCCUAUGUACAGCAGGAUGCUACCACACAGCAGGUGACUGUUCUUCUGCCUGCUGCGCAAAGCAUGAAUGCUGCCAAUCUUGCUGUUCUAAGUGGAGUCUCAGAAUCUGCACAGACAAUGUCAUUGGAUCCAGUGUCCCAGGCAUCGUUGACAGUGCAUGAUCAUAGAUUACCUCCUAUGGAGAGAGCAGACAGCUCAACAAAUAUGAAUUCUCUUCCAAGCCCUAAUGCUCAUUCAGAUGCAAAAGAAGAUGAUGAUGAUGAUGAGGAGGAGGAGGAUGACGAGGAUGAUGAAGAGGAUGAUGAAGAUGGGGAUGAUUCUGAUCAAGAUGAAUGGGAAGCAGAACCUCCACAUCCUUUUGAUCCAAAUGAUCUCUGGUGUGAGGAAUGCAAUAAUGCACAUCCAUCAGUGUGCCCCAAACACGGUGCCCUUCAUCCAAUCCCCAACCGCCCAGUCCUCACCAGGGCACGAGCCAGUCUGCCUUUAGUGCUUUACAUUGAUCGGUUCUUAGGAGGCGUCUACUCAAAGCGGCGCAUUCCAAAACGUACCCAGUUUGGACCUUUGGAAGGGCCUCUGGUGAAAAAAACAGAGCUGAAAGAUAGUUACAUCCAUCUUAAGGUAGCAUUGAACAGCCCUGUUGAUUCGGAGGGGGCAUUUCAGGAGGAUCUUUGGUUUGAGCUAUCCGAAGAGAGCCUUUGUAACUGGAUGAUGUUUGUACGGCCAGCACAAAAUCACUUGGAACAGAACCUAGUAGCAUAUCAAUAUGGUCAACACAUAUAUUAUACCACAAUUAAGAACAUUGAACCCAAGCAGGAGCUAAAGGUCUGGUAUGCUGCCUCUUAUGCAGAAUUUGUAAAUCAAAAGAUUCAUGACAUAACACAGGAAGAGAGGAAGGUUCUUCGGGAACAAGAGAAGAAUUGGCCAUGCUAUGAGUGCAAUCGUCGUUUCAUGAGUUCUGAGCAGCUCCAGCAGCACCUUAACUCUCAUGAUGAGAAACUGGACUUCAUUAGCAGAACAAAAGCACGUGGUCGUACAAGGACAAAAAGGAAAUUUGGCCCUGGUAGGAGACCGGGAAGACCUCCAAAAUUUUUAAGAUUGGAUAUCUCUAAUGAGAAUCGGGAGAAGAUUGGCCUAGGGACUCAGGAACUGCUGCAGUUCCACAGUAAAGGUCCACAUUUUGGGGACUCUGGACAUUCAACUUUAAAUGGAUUAGAGCAAUCAGAACUCACACUUGGUACAUCCACACAAGGGACGCCAAAUCAGCAGCCUGACACCCAACUUUUGCCUCCAAAUGAGAUAAGCGCACCAGUGUCAACAACAAGCAUUUUAACCGCAGAAGACAUGAGACGGGCUAAGAGAAUCCGUAAUGCUGCCUUGCAGCACCUCUUCAUCCGCAAGUCGUUUCGACCUUACAAAUGUCUACAGUGUGGAAAGGCUUUCCGAGAGAAGGAAAAACUGGAUCAGCAUUUGCGUUUCCAUGGAAGAGAUGGCAACUAUCCUUUGACAUGUGACAUCUGUAAUAAGGGCUUUAUAAGCACUAGCUCUUUGGAGAAUCACAUGAAGUUUCACUUGGACCAGAAGACUUAUUCUUGUAUCUUCUGCCCAGAAUCUUUUGAUAGAUUGGACUUAUUGAAGGACCACGUUGCUAUUCAUAUUAUUGAUGGCUGCUUCAGCUGCCCCAACUGCAAAAAACGGUUUACUGAUUUUAUCCAGGUAAAGAAACAUGUCCGCAGCUUCCAUUCUGAAAAGAUUUACCAGUGUACAGAGUGUGACAAGGCUUUCUGUCGGCCAGAUAAGUUGCGCUUGCACAUGCUCAGACAUUCAGACCGAAAAGACUUCCUCUGCUCUAUCUGUGGCAAACAGUUUAAGAGAAAGGACAAGCUGAGAGAACACAUGCAGCGCAUGCACAACCCUGAGAGAGAAUCAAAAAAAUCUGAUCGCACAGGCAGAGCCAAAGCCUUUAAGCCACGCCUUGUAUCAACAGAUUAUGAAAGUUUCAUGUUUAAAUGCCGUGUGUGCAUGAUGGGAUUCCGUAGGAGAGGCAUGCUGGUUAAUCAUUUAUCAAAACGACAUCCUGAAAUGAAGAUUGAAGAGGUGCCUGAGCUCACUUUACCAAUCAUAAAGCCUAACCGAGAUUAUUACUGCCAAUACUGUGAAAAGGUUUACAAGAGUGCCAGCAAACGGAAAGCCCACAUCUUAAAAAACCACCCAGGAGCUGAGCUCCCUCCCAGCAUAAGAAAGCUCCGUCCAGCUGGUCCUGGAGAACCAGACCCAAUGUUAAGCACACACACCCAACUUACAGGAACGAUAGCGACUCCUCCAGUCUGCUGUCCACACUGCUGCAAGCAAUAUAGCAGCAAGACAAAGAUGGUCCAGCAUAUACGCAAAAAGCAUCCAGAGUUUUCUCUUCUGCCAAUCACAGUGCAGGCCCCUAUGCUCGGUACUGGGCCUGCAGUGCUAUCUGCUGAUGGAACAAGUGGGGAGACUGUGGUGACUACAGAUCUUCUGACACAGGCUAUGACUGAAUUAUCACAAACACUGACUACAGAAUACCGCACCCCACAGGGAGAUUUCCAGCGCAUUCAGUAUAUUCCUGUAUCACAAACUACUGGUGGCAUGCAGCAACCGCAGCACAUACAGCUGCAAGUUGUGCAAGUAGCCCAGGCACAGUCGCCUAAUCAAUCACAGCAUUCCACUGUAGACAUGGGCCAGUUACACGAGUCCCAAGGAUAUACACAGCAUGCCAUCCAAGUGCAACACAUUCAGGUGGCCGAACCAACAUCAGGCACCCAUUCAACAUCUCAGGUAGGAGGUCAAGCCCUGAGCCCCUCAUCACAGGAAGCAGAGGAAGUAAACUCAUCCCAGCUACAGAAUGCAGCUUCUCAGUCCCAGGCAAAUUCAACUGUACAGCAUGCAUACCUACCCAGUGGUUGGAAUUCUUUCCGUGGCUACCCCUCUGAAAUUCAGAUGAUGACAUUACCUCAAGGCCAGUAUGUGAUUGCAGAAGCAGCAGUAGGCACACCUGUUACUCCUGUUAGUAGUGGACAAGUAAAAGCAGUCACUCAGACACAUUAUGUCAUAUCUGAAGGACAAGGAGUCUUGGAUAUGAAAAAGAAUGCUUCUCUUGUAGAGGAGUCAACUCCAAACCCUGACCAUCUGGAGCAGCCAGCCAGUAAUUCAUCUCAAACAACACAAUACAUAAUCACCACAACUACCAACAUGAAUGGUAGUAGUGAGUUACACAUCAGCAAACCCUGAAAAAUAUGAGGAACAGUACAGAAGGCCUAAAAGUUUAAGGCUAGGAGCCACAAGUGGAAGAAUCUCAAAUUUUUUGUACUACGGAAAUUUUGAAAUGUGAGAACACGGGGUGCCUGUCUUCAUUUGGCCCAUAAAAAGUAUUGAAAAGUGUUGAACUGUCAAACUUGGGUCAAUGUAGAAGACAGAACAAACAUCGACGGGACAAGGACACAUCUAAACAUGUACAUGUGCUUUAUAGUUUUACUGACCUUAUUUGUUGCUGCUUUGAAUGUCUCCAGUUUCUUGUUCCAUGUACCACUAUGGCCAGCACGAAGCUUUACAUUAAGAUAUCAGUACUCCUUUACCUGGGAAUGAUGUCAAGUUUCUGGACUUACCCUAGCAGCAAUUUCUACUUUUGUAGGAAAUAACAUUGCAAGCAUAAAAGCACCUUGAGUUUAUUUUUUAAAAUGGCUCAACUGUUCUGCAUGUUGGUCUCCCAACACAUAUUCAAAGGCACCUUUCUCAAAGAAGGGACAAAGCUUUACUAUGAGUAAGGUAGAUCCAUAUUAUCUCUUACAGAGAAAAGAAUAGAUCUGAAGUGGCAUAAAAAAUUGUUCUGUUCUCUAAAAAAAUUCCAAGUUAUUUAACUAUGUUUGUUUAUUUGAAACUAAAUCUGUAAGACAUAAAAGGGAAGUUUUUUUUGUUUUACUUAAUAUUGUAAUUACAAGUUAAUGUAUUUAAAAAGAAAUGUUAAGUAAUGUUGUUGUGGCUUUUCAAAGUACAUACAGGGGCAAUAUUAGCUUUGUAAUUCAUUUCCAGCAGUCUUAAGAUUUGAGAGAUUUCCUAUAUCCAUAGUGCUUGCCAGGAAGUAAAAGUGACCAUGACCUCCAGAACUGGUAGAACCCAUUAUAGAUAAAGGUAGUGCCUAUGAUUUAGCCAACAU